AAUGGCGGGAGUUUCAAUCAUUCUAAAAUUUCAUCGAGUAAUUCUCGAGGAUGGGAAGCUUUGAUGAUCGCUAUGGCUGCUUUAGACAGUACAUCUGAACUUAAUAACCUCUUGGACACCUGGAGAAGAGAGGAUCAAGAUAAUCUAUCGCCUGUUGAUACACUCCAAAGGUUGGUGGUGUUUUGAUUCAUUAGCAUAGACUAGCUGGUUUUAAUACACUCUAGCUGGUGACAAAGUACGGCGAAAGAAAACAUACAUGCAUGUGUCAGGAAAGAUCAGAUUUUCCCCUGAUGUUUUUUUGUUUAUAUAUUAUUGUCUUCCUUAUUUACAGUCGUCGUAUUGAGUUAUCCAUACAAGUUACGAGAUAAAUUUAAGUCAAAAUACCAAGCAAAAAGAACUUACUUGAGAAAAUUCUAACAUUUCACAUAACUGUUAACAUCUAAAGUGGAACCCAGUCAUUAAUAAUAAACCUAAUGCUUUUUUGACGUCCUCGCUGCCAUCACUGUCGUCGUUGCUAAAGCUCCCUAAUACGCAAAACAACAAGUUUGCACGUGCAUCACGCUUUUUUGUACAUUUCUUUACGACGACGACGUGAAAAUGCCUAAUUGCAAGUUUUAUGGAGGACGUAAACAAGCGAUGACGAAUCUCUUUUUCUCUCUCUAAACUUGAGUGCGAUCCUCUAGAAAUCAACUCCAGGGAAAUUUGCCUACACUUGCCAUUUUCAACAAACUGGAAUAAACGCGACAAAGUUGGAAUAAACGGGAAUUUAUUUUAAAACUGACGUUUUCGCUGCCGUUGCCGUCGUUGAUGCUAAAGCUCCCUAUUGUUUACGUCUGACAUUAGGCUUCAUAAAACUGGUCCUGUGAAAGUGACAACUGUUACAUAUAAUAAUUGGACCCAGAGGUUUGGGAGAUGUAGCUGGGGGUUGCAGGGAGAAUUCUCACAAUUAAUUGAAAUGUAUGAACUAUUGGGAACCAAUCACUCCCGCUGUGUUCCAGUCUUGCUGAAUUCUGGGAUAGUGGGAAUGGGUUCAAAUGAACUGGUGCAUUAAUACUUGCUUAAGAAAAGAGCCAACAUUUUGUGACACCACCACUGCUUUUGGCGAAAUGAUGCAUGAGGAAAGAGUGCAUACAUUCCAUACUGCUGACUCAUCACUACCCAGAUCUGGUUAGUGCUUCUGAUUGGUUGAAAAUUGGCUUCAACCAAUCAGGAGCACUUGGGUAGUGAUACGAUAGCAGUAUGGAAUUUCUGCGCUGUUCCUCAGACUUCAAUUCUUAUGGAAACCAGUGGCGGCUUCACGAAAAUGUCAAUUGGCUUUUUUUCUCAGGCUAUGUUGAUACUAGAUAAGAAUUUACAAAAUGUGGUUUCGUUAACACUGUUUAGGAUUGCAGAGUUGGUGGAACGUGAGAAUGAGGCUUAUCAUAAGCUAGACCCAGACCCUUUUGAUGACAGGCAUCCAGGUAAUAUAUAUGUUGCAGUUAAUUUUUGUUUUUCCUUUGUUUUAAAUUCAUUAGCAUACAGUACCAUACCCAAAACAGGGGAAAAAUAAAAAUUAACUACAACAUAUACCUAUUCAAUGUAAUGAUGGCAUGUUUUCCAUUGUGGUUUGUGUAUAUGUGACAGCUUGACAACCAGCUGGGCCAUACAUGUAUUAACAAUAUUAAUCCAGCUGACAGCCAAUGAAUAUCAUCGCCUGCUGAAGCCCUUUGGAAAGCAAUCAAAAUACCAAUCCUGGCAGCAAAUUGACUAUACCUGUAGGACGCAGCAGUUAAAGGCCCUGCGUUCAAGUACAGCUCUGACCACUAGCUGGAUUUGUUUGUGGUAGUCUUGAGGUCAAAUCCUUGGCCGUACAUGUAAAACAGCCGAGUGCAGGUUCACCUCCUAACAGUUGGCAUUUUUAAUCAUGCUGAGUUCCAUUUAAAUUAUUUGUUGGUCUUCCUUGGGAAGCCCCAUAAGGGAAGAGGAUAAUUAAAGUAUUUUUUUACUAUUACUUGAUACAAAACUUAUUGUCUGUUCUGGUUCAAUAGUUUAUUACUUGUCAUAUUCUUUGUUAUUUUUCUGUUGUUUUAAGUCAUAAUAUUCUUUGUCGUGAUACAAAAAACAGUUAAACCGAACAAUUGACCGUUUAUAUGAAUUCACUUCAAAACUUUAUGACACUCCAAUAGAUACAAGUGCUGAUUGUCUUCAAAAUCUGUUUGUUUUAGCUGUGUUUUCAUUAUUCUACCAGUCUGUUGUCCUUUCUCUCUCAGGUAGGGCAGAUCCUGACUGUGCAUUAGGUCAUCUCCUCAAGACCUUGUUCAGGAAUGAUGAUUUCAUGGAUAAGCUUGUGAAUUCUUACAUUAUGAGUGCUAUGGAGGAGUUUGAUCUUAACUGUAUAGCCUCUAGAGUAUUGCUGAAUGCCAUGCCAGGGUUGGAGAGUGCUGCUGUGUUCCAAGACAUGGUUAGAAUGUAG